GCUGAUCUCCAACUAGUGUACGUGAGCAUCAAAGCGAAUCACGAUGAUUAAGUUGUUCCUCAUUACGUUGCUUUGCAUGGCGAUGUUCGCCGAUUCACAACAAGAUCGAAGGAAUGAAAUGGGGACAGGACUAAGGAAAACAAGCGCUGAUAUGGCUGAACAUGCUAUGACAGGUCAAGGUAGUCCUUUAUUAAUGCAACAUGUGGCACACAGUGGGCGAGGUCCACCAGGACAGGGUCCAUCAGGACAGGGUCCACCAGGACAGGGUCAACAAGGACAGCGUCCACGGGGUCCACCACCUGAAUCACAGGAAUCACAGGAAGAGGAAGAGGAAAAAUAGGAAAAUUUGGUCUCUUCUGGAUAUACGAUUCUGGAUGUAUCGUUAUGAAAUAACAUAACAACAGAUAAAGAUUCGGCCGGUUGAAGGUUAACUUUCCCUCAGCACUAUAGAUAUCACGUGUUUUAAAAAAAAUUAUUCGCACUGUUAAAAAAACACUCCGAUAAUUUUAGAAU